AAGAAAACGGCCACUGCUUCCAUUGGAAGACUGAAGCAACAGUCGCCUGUUCACCAACAGGCUGCCAAUUCGUCCGAGUCUCCACUAAUUAGCUCCAGCUGUGCCUGAGUGCUGGUUUCGCGUGCAGAUUGAAAGGGAAAGGUAGAAAGACAGCAGUCUUUUGCGAUGAAAAUGUGGCGUCUCUAUAUUUUGUGCAGUGUUUUAUCACUUUGCCUCCUCAGCUGUGCAAUGGGCACUUAUGAAUCUGCAUUUACCAGAAGAAAAGUUUCCAAACCGGGUACUCCAAAAUCCCAAUUAAUUCAGCAGUCAAGAACAGACUACAGAAAAUCCUCUCCGAGGUCAGGCCUACCUACCAGCAUUUCUCCAAUGUCUCCACUGGGUUCCCAAAGUUCUUCCCCUCCUCUGACCCCUCGACCCAUGCGUCCAGAGGAGCCCAAGGCAAAGAUCCUGUCGGACUCCGCUUACCUCACAGACGUUUCUGUAACCUGCUCCGCGUCUGACGUUGUCGUGCGGGUCAAACCAGCUUUCUACGGUCUGGGCGCAGAUACAGAGGAGCUGAAAUUAGGCAGCUCCUGCAAAAGCAACGGGGUUCUCAAACCAUACGGUGACCUGCUUUUCACGUAUCCCCUGACAGCGUGUGAUGCCGUGCGUGAGUCGUCCCACGGGUAUCUGCUCUACAAAUACGAGCUCCAUUAUGAGCCUUCUGGAAAGCGUUUUCCAAGGAUGACUGUCGACAUUGAAUGCCGUUAUCAAAGGAGCAACCAUGUGCAUCGUCGGAUUGUGCGGCCCACCUGGGAAACUGCUGUUGUGCGUAAAAUGCUGAAAGGAAGUCCAACGGACUUCCAGAUAUUGUUGAUGGAUGAUUCAUGGAGCGCACCUGCCGAGUCUCAGGUGUACCAGCUUGGAAAGACUAUUAAUUUCGAGGUCUCUGCUCCUAAUCUCUCAAAUGGUGGAAAACUGUACAUCAAUACGUGCCAUGCUACACCAUCCAGUGGCUCUAAAUCCUAUAUACUCAAAUACACCAUCAUUGACAACUUUGGCUGUUUGCUGGACAGCAAGAGCAACCCAGGGGCCUCUCAGUUCAUCUCUCGGACAGACAAUUCCCUAAGAUUCUCCCUAAAGGCUUUCCAGUUUACUUCUGACCCUUACCCCGAGAUCAGUAUUCACUGCACUUUGUUUGUCACACCUGAGGACGCGGGUCCUGCAUACAAAUCAUGCACCUACAUAGGGAACGGGUGGAAGGCCCUCUCUGGUGAUGACUCCAUAUGUGAAUGCUGUGAUUCACAAUGUGUGACCUCUAAACCCCAGAGGGCCAUGAUGGAAGGCUCUGCCAGCAGUGCAUCAUUGUUGGUCUCUGAUCAGCUGUAUGCAAAAGAUGCUUUCCUUCCUGUCAGCAUGAACAAAGGCGAGACCCCGUGGAAAAGUGCCGAAGUAGUAAAGUAUGAGGACGAUGAAGUGCAAGAUUACAAGGAUGAGGAGCAGCUUGAAGAAGAAAGUGGGGUUGUCUCUGGAGUUAUGACAGAACCUGAUUUAGAUGAGUUGGGUUUUAGGAGGAGGGUCUUAGGGGAGGAAGACUGUGAAGUGAAGGAUUCAAAUCAGUUCCAAGAGGAUGGGUCAGGGUAUGUAGUGGAGGAGGCGGGAUUUGAAGGAAAAGAUGAGAUCCCUUUGAAUCAGAAGGAAGGUAAAGUGUUGCGUCACUGGAGAGAGAGUAGAGAGGUAGAGCCGCUGGUCUCUGAAGGCAGGGAAGAAAACAGGAAGCCUACAGAUGGAGGUGACGAGGAUGAUGGGAUGACCUCUGAGGUGGAGUGGACGACUGACGGUCUGGCAGAUUUCAGAGACGAUAGUGAGAGGACCUGGUAUUUCACAUGGAGGUAGCUUUAUUUUAAUGAAUGGCUCAGUACUCUGCUCAAAGACUAACUCUCCAUAACAGAACUUGUGCCUUAUUUCAAUAAAAACACGAACAUGCAGU